AUGGGUGCCUUUCGCCUACACCCUUCCGGCCCUCCCUCUUCCUCUCGCCCACGACACCAGCAUAUCGCGCAGAUUGCAGCUACAUUUUACUACUGUUUCUAUCCCCACCUUGAUCAUAACCAAAAAGUAGGGUACCAUAAACAGACACCUGAUUUACAACGCAUCGGCACGACUAGCAACCAUGGACGGAACACCAGGGGCUUCUCAGCAUCCCCCGCCCCCUCCACCGCCGGCCACCCAAUUUCAUCUCUUCCCAAGGCUGCCCGCCGAGCUUCAACGCAGGAUUUAGAAGUCUGUGCCGCAGCCGGCGCGCAUCAUUACGCAGCUGCCUUGCAUCGACUGUGUCAACGCGAGGGUAUACCCGAGAGCAAACGUGAGGGUUGCGUCGUGGUCUCAGUGGCAGUCGGCAGAACACCAUGCCACCAUGAAGCACCCAACCUGGCAUGCUACGAGUCACGGAAGAUAUGGCGGAAGAAGUACCACGACCCGAGAGGUCAUAAAGUCGCAGCCAAGUUAAGGAGGGCCGGCAUCCCGACACCCGCACUCGAUAAGUUCCAUUUUACAAUGCCGUAUAUUUGCUAUGAGACCGACAUCUUCACCGUUUCCAAGGCCUGGAACAUCGGGCACACGUCUGAUCGGGAUCAAGAAGAGACCUUCCUAGAUUGGUGGGAUCCUUUUCUGGGCCUCGACCGAGCCCGCAUCCAGCACGCAGGCUUGCGUCUGUGGGAUAAUAUAGAGCCGUUUUCUGAUACGGUGACAAGUCUCGAUAUCAAACGACUCGAUGCGCUACGUACCCUGUCCCUCUUUAUGCUAGGGCCCGACCCAGGCCUUGAGCCCGGUAUCACGUCCGCCCGCCCGGGUUGGGUGCAGAUGUCUCCGCUAGUCCUACAGCGAGAUUUCUACUUUGAGCUACGAGACAUCUCGCCCAGUCAGCUCGAGCACCAUCCGAUGUUCAGGGACCGCAUCAUCAGCAGACGCAGCACUACGGGGCGCCUUGACAGGCCGCUUAGAGUCCUCGUGCCGUGGACUAAGGCAUGGCUGUGGCAUUACGUUCACUGCGGGAAGGCCAUGCACAAAGAUGUCUUUCUGCAGGAUCUAGGACCCGAUUACAUGAUGGACCCUUUAGGGUGGGCGGGACGGCCGUGCCCUUUGGGUUUGUCGGGAUGCCAAACCGGAGAUUAUGCGCAUUCCCAAAAGAAUAUCUGGGACUGGAUCCCAGAAAAUUGGAAGAUAAAGACUAGAUUCUUGUGUGAGAAGGAAUGGCUGCAAGAUCUGGAAAGGGUCGGGCUGUUUCGACGACAACAAAACUGCUCGCCGGAGACUUCGCCGCCUUCUACCGCCUCAAGCAGGAGGUGA